UCACAGAUGCAACAUGGUAGAUUGUGGAAACUCGAGGUGUCUGCAAGAAAAAAGAUCUUUCAAGAAAGAACUUCUAUCAUGGAGUAAAAAAAUACCCAUCGCCGUUGGUCUUGAGAGGAUAGCUGAAGAAUUAGCUGGAGAGAAUGUCAUCAAAGAAUUGUUACUACCUUUCAAUGACUUGGAAAAAGAUGAAAAAGAAGACUGGCAUCAAGAACAGAAUUGUUUUUUCUGUGAAUCUAGACUGCAGAUGAUGUUUGAAGCCGUAGAAAAACUAAUGGAAGAAGUGAAAAGUGGAAAAAACCUGACAGAUAAUCCAAGUUUACGCUAUUUACAAGAACUUCUUCCAUACUGUCCUCAGUUUUACACUCACAACAUAGGUAGAGAGAUCUUAGCGGAGUUAAAAACAACAGGCCAUGGAGUAGAGAGAGAUGUGGAAAUGAAUAUACCUCAGACACAGAAAGAACCGAUAGAACUCAAAAUACCUCAUAUAAUUUCUCAUACAAGGCAAAAAGUAAAAGAAAGUCCACAGGCAUGUAAGAAGUCGUACACUGAUGAUGAAUUGACGGCAGCAGUAAAUGAAAUACAAAGUGGAAAAUUGGGAACAAGACGAGCUUCAGUUUUAUAUGGAAUACCGAGAUCAACGCUACGUAAUAAAAUAUUCAGGAUGGGCUCUGACAAACCGAGUAUAUAUUCCUUAAAUGGUGAUGAGGGUUACGAGGAUGCCCUGGCAGCAGAAAUUGCCUUGAAAUGGACAGACUUGAUUCAGGGAAGCUAUAGACCCUUGUUUAUACAACAGUUGCCUCUGAUGCUUAACCCUGAUUACAAAGUCAUUGAUUCAGGUGAUGAUUUUGAAAAGAAGUUGGAAUAUAUUCGUAAAAAGCACAAUCUUGGUCGUAAAAAAGAGAAAUAUCAUUCUGAAUAUGCUCAUGAACUUAGACUUCCGUACCUGAAGAAAAUAAUAAAGAAAUUAACAGAAGAAAGGUUUGAUAUGGAACGUAACGCAGAGCGAGUUCGAAAAAUCAGUAAAAAAGAUAUCCUAAAGUCACAGCUUGCCAAAAGUAAUGUAAUAGAAAUGCCAAGCUUGCCUUCUACAGAAGCCUCAGAUAUUGUUAUACCAUCUUUUAAACCAGCUCAUGACACAAAAACUGAAAAACAAAUUACAGAACAACUUUCACAUUCCUUUGACAAAUAUGAAAAUACUAGAUUAGGUGAUACACUGAAGGACAUAAUUGUUAAAACAAUAUCAGAAAAAGUUCGGGUCAAGUCACAAGCAUUAGCAGAAUUCUGUAAUAGUUCUUUGAAAACUGAGAGUGAUAUUAUUAUUAAGUCUGAACCUCAGUCCCCUAUUCCUUCACCAUUUAAGAAAAUAAAGAGAGAGGAUUAUGACAGAAAACGGGAACAUGUUGAGCAUAUGACAAAACCACUGAAGAAAACUCGUCCAAAACGUGGACAAUACAGGAAAUAUAAUAGUCAGUUACUGAUGGAGGCUGUGAAGGCAGUCCAGAGAGGAGAAAUGAGUGUUCAUAGGGCUGGAAGUUAUUAUGGAGUACCACAUUCUACUUUGGAAUAUAAAGUAAAAGAAAGACAUCUAUUACGUCAGAAAAAAAUCAAGGAGCAAAAGGAAGCUGCAGCACGAGCAGCUGCUGCAGGUACCAGUAAUCCAGUCACCAAUCACAGCAGUAAUAGUAACAGUUCUACUGGUACCGAUACAGAAGCCAUUACUGUUAAAAAAGAACCAGAAGAAGAGAUUUCAAGUCCAAAAACUACCCUCUCAACCUCAUGGAUGCCGUCCUACUUUACAUCUGCUUCUAAUAUAGCAGGGACAACAGAUUUGAACUUUUUUGGCACUUCAGGUUAUGCCCUAAGUACCCCUGCCUCUGAACUGCUCAGGAAGUUACAACACAAAGUUCAAACUAAAGCGGAUGAAAGUGAUUCUUGCUCAAACUCAGGGGAAGGAUAUGUUUAUAUACACUAAUAAACCUAAGAAUGGUAACAGUAAAGAUGGAAACCAGUCUCACAAUUUAUAUUCAUGGCUACUUUUAAAUGAAAUGAACAUGAAAUAUUGUUUUCUUUAUAAAAUAUCAAGUUCUUGUUUCAUGCUUGAAAAUAGUAAAGAAAUCAGGAUAUAUUGUAUCUUAAUCUGUAUUUUAUUAAAUUGUUGGUUUAAAAAGAAGGUAUACUAAGGACUUUAUUGAUCAUAAUCUUUAUAUAUUACAAAAUCAUGAAAAUCAGUUUCCUUUUUUGAAAUCAGUUUUAUUUCUAACAGAUUUUUAUUUUUUUCAUAUAUUUAUACAUGUAUUUGAAAAUAAAAUAAAUUGUCGCAAAUGUAAUUACUCUGUGAAUAUCAUAUUUUAAAGCUUUGGGAAUUCUGUUGAAAAAAUAAUAAUAGAUUAUACUUUGAACAAUUUACAAGAUAUAUGCUUCAACACAUAAUUUUGUUACCAUAUUGUGCAUGUAUAUAGCUGGAUAAUUGCUUGCUUGAAAUACAAGUUCAGGUUAUUUGUAUGUGAAUAGCUUUUUAUACUUUCCAUGCAGUUUGUUUUGUUUUAUUUAUUAUUAUGUGUUCAUAGUUGGGACUUGCAAUGUAGCUGUUUUUUAUAUUUUGUUAUAUAUGUGUAUAAAUUCAAUUGGAUUAAAAUAUAGAUCCUUUGUCCUUGCUUCUCUUACAAGGAUUUGACAGCACUCCAUUCUACUUUCUGUUUUAAAGACCUCUCGGUGUCCUCAGGUUUUGUCCAAAUGAUACACACCUUCAAAAACAAGUGUAGCAUGGGCAUCACAUGAUCUGUAUUUUAAUUAGAUUAGUAUAAAUUUAGACAUAAAUGACCUACUAACGUUAACCCAGGUUUGAUGAGCUAUUUCAUUCCAUUAUUACUAUGACAGUAAAUAAAAAUCAAACAUAAAACAUCUUCGAACCUUCCGAUUGAUUUAAUAAUUGAUUUUAUCAUUAAAGGUUAUUUUCAAACAUUCGUAGAAAAGUAGUGGUUAUUUAAAUUAUAUUUGAUAGCAUUAAACAACCUCAGAAAUUAAUUAUAAGAUUAGAGAGUAACAUCAGGAUCUGCACUGAGUACUGUAUAUAUAUAUAUAUAUUGGAGCAUCCUAUGCCAUUAACACCAAGUUAUAGACAUAAAUCUGAUCAUAUUAAGUGAAAAUUUAGAUUUCUUAGUAUAGGGUAAGUAUUGUAUUGAAUAAAAAAAUCAGUCCAAACUUCUACGUCAUUUGGUCUCUGGUGGAGAGUUGUCUCAUUGGCAAUCAUACCACGUCUUCUUAUUUUUAUACAGUUUUACUAAUGCUUUAACUAAAUUCAUCUUAUUUGUGUACAAUGGACACUUUAUAAAGUCAUAUUGGCUUUAUGAAAAUAAAGAGAUGUGGUAUGAUUGCUAAUGAGACAACUAUCCACCAAAGUUCAAAUGAAGUGGAUGUAAGCAAUUACAGGCAACCGUACUGCCUUCAACAAUGAGAAAAAUCCAUACUGUAUAGUUGGCUACAAAGGCCCCGACAUUAGUACAGUUAAAAUAAAUACUGUUAAAGUUGUUGAAACCGAUACUUGUUAAGAAUUGUCCAUUUUCAAGCUAUCAACUUUGUUUCCAUUUUUGUCGAUCCCGCAACAUUUAUGUCGGGAAAGCAAGACAUAGCGAUUUUAGAUUCAUUCCCUGGUUGGCGUCGGCGGUGUCAACAUUUAAAUUCCGUCCGUGGUGUAAUUUUUUUUAAACAUCAAUAACUUUGCCAAACCUACAUGGAAUUUUAUGAAAUUUUGACAGAAGCUUUUUUAUGACUAAAAUACAGUAUCCAGAGCAAAAUUAAAAAUAAUUUUUUUUUCAUUUUUUCCGUAUUUUACUGAUAAAAAGACCGUUGUUUUUUUUUACAGUUAACAAGUAGAUUCAGUCAUAGGUUAAAGUUUGUUACACAUUAGUUACUUUGUCAAACCUUCAUAGAGUUUUAUGAAACAUUGGCAGAAGCUUUUUUAUGAUUGCUGAUAAAUGGACUCACUUUUUAAGUCAACAUUACACUUUUACACUGACAGCAGCAAUUGCAGGCAAGAAAAAGGGUUCCGCGGUUACCCUUACGAAUUUUAUAAUUUUUUGCAAAAAGAAACACCUUUCUGGUAGUACAGACUGUGUCCCUGUUCAUUCAAAUCAAAUGGAAACAGCAUGUUUUCAUGUAGCCAAGCUAUUAAGAAUUUUCAUGCAAUAACCACUGAUCUUCUAUCCCAUUUUUACCAUAAAUGUGUUACACACAUACAAAGUCAAAAUUAUAAUCAGAUCCUGCACAAUACACCAUGCUUGCUCUAUUUAUUUUGUAAAGGGAUAUGGUUUGUCUACCAAAGAGUUGAUUCCCUUUGCAAACAAAAAUUUGAAUUUGAAAAAAAAAAAAGCCAAUAACUUGAAAAUGGAAUAUUGCACACAACAUGUUUUCCUUCUAUUGAUAACGGGAAUUUUUAUGUAUAUUUGUGUAUGUGGUAUGAUAAUAAUUAUAAUUUUAAUGUCCUAGUUAUUGUUAUUUAUUAUAUUAUAUCGAUAUUGUUUAACUCCAAGUGCAAUUUUUUAUGAAUUAUUAUUUUGUUGCCAUGUUUUUUUUACUGUUGGAUGGUGCAUUUAUAUAACUAUUUUUUUGUAUUUUGUACAACAUUCCAGAUCUCAAAGUCAGAUAUUUAUAUUUUUAGAGACAAAUUAAGGUAACCCAUCACAUGACAUUAUAGAAUGAGUAAAGGUAACAAUAAAUCACAUGACAUAGAAUAGAUAAAGGUAAUAUUAGGUCACAUGACAUUAUUGAAUAUAGGUCACAUCAGUUCAAAUAAUAUUUAUACAAUAAAUGGUUUUGAUAUAUGAAGAUAAAAUUGACCACAUUAAUGUACUACUGUUUAGUUUUCUAGUCACACUGUGCAAUUUGUUUAAUUGGUUCUCUACAGUUUUUGUUGUUUAGUUGAUAAUUAAGAGGAACGAUUUUGACUUACUAAGUUGUAGGGUUUUUUUUGUGAGACUAAGUCAAUUUUAUUCCAUUGUGUUAUACUCAACUUUAUUUCAAUUUUUUAUGGUCAUAUAUUUUUUUCAAAAUUAAGGCCACACAAAUUUUUAAUGUUAAACGUGUAUCUCAUUUCAAGAUAUGGGUAUGUGUCAAUAUUGUCAGUAUUUUAUUUUAUUGAGGGAAGUCUUACCUUGGGAUCAUAAAACUUUGGAGUACAAUUAACGUACUCUGACUGAGAAUUCAACCAAUCAAAAAGCUGGAUCUGGUGUUUCAAGCACAAAUUUUGUUUUUCGAGUACUGAGUAAAGUUUUAUGACCAUAGGCCCUGAUAAUUGAAAUUAUUGUAACUAGAUUGCCCAUGGUAUUUCAACAAAAUGGUCCAUAGCAGGAAAAAUUGACACAGAUAAGAGAAUGUCACAUAAAGAUGAGAUGCAUGUUCUUUUGUGUUAAAAUAAUUUAAUAGGGCCUGGCUAACCCUUUUAACAAAAAAGAAUUGUCAAGUUUAAAAAAGACUAUAAUAUAAAAGUACCAUUUUGCAAUCUGUAUACACCAGAUAAUGUCAUUUCUAACAUUACUCAAUUGACAAAUAAAGUGUAUUUUUGUUGUAUUUUAAAAGUGAUUAAUUUGUAAAGCAGGAUUUUUACCCACAAUAAGUGAACUGUUGCUUAAGUAGCAUGAAUUAUAUGUUAAACAUGUUACCAUAUAAGGGUAAAAACAUGAAUAAAAAAGAACCAGUCUGUGAUUUCUGUAUACAGCAUUUAAUAAAAUGCUUUUUUUUUUUAAAUUUCUAAACAUUGUUGUGCAUGUUCGUAUAAGAAAUAAAGGUAACAUUUUUUGUCAAUCUACAAGUGUUUUUGUUAAAAGUGGCAAUAUAUCAUUAUAUGAUUUUUUUUUUGUCAUUCCAUUAAGUAAAGAAUUAAGAAAUAAGCUCGUACAAAUUACCCAAAGCUGUACAUUACGGACCAUGUUUUGUUAUAUAAAACUUAUUCAUAGAUUUUCUUUGGAUUUUCACAAUCCACACUCUAGCUAUAAUGUAUAAUGAAUGAUCUUUUGGAUAAAAUUUGAUGGUAAUCUUCUCAUGACUCCAACACCAUAAUCUUACACUUUGAUGAACUGAUAUAUCAUUUUCAUGGGAGUUGUUGUAAAAAAUUCUACUUGAGAGAAGGUCAAAUUUCCUGAGCAGCUAGGCAAAGGAAAUUUCUUCCUAGGACUGAUAUCUUUUGGAAAUACUCCUCCUGAAUGAUGUGUAGUAGAAGUAAACCCUCAUUUACUAAAUUUAUAAAGAAUAGUGGUAAAAUCCUGUACAUGAAAAGAGAUAAUGAAAUUAAAAAUUUGAAUAUCAGGAACUUUAUAGAAAAAAAACAUGGCCGUAAGAUGAAUAGAAAAAAAUAAAAGAAAAUUUUGUUAUGAAAUAAAAAUCAUAAAAAAAUAAUUAUGAAUAUAAAAUGGCAUGGUUGUUUUAAUCAAGUAACUAAUUAUCCUAUCUAAGUCAUAUCUACAAGAAGUUUACAAUUUCUGUCAUUGUUUUGUGUUCUAUUUAUGUAUUUAUAUAUCUUGUUGAAUAUCUUUUUACUAUUUAUUCUCAAUUGUUACUGUCUCAUAUUUAUCACAAUGUUGUUGCCUUAAUCAUUAAUAAAAGUGUUCAAAAUUA